UUGACAUUAGAAGGAAUGUGUAAAUUUGCGUGAGAAAAACUCAUUUUAUAGGAAUUUCUAACGAGUGUGUACGGAACUAUUUCUGUCAGUUUCUAAUGAUUUGUCUGUUGCACUGAUUUGGUGUAUCGUGAGUACUGGUGAAAUUGUUGAAUGAACGCAAUGUUCCGCACAAACAGAAAAGCCAUAUUUGAAAUGCUUAACGAGCAUAUCAGCGAAUCUUGGAGUGAAGGGUAUUUACAUGCCUCCAAGCAGAUCGAGAAAAAGUUGAAUCUCAAAAGUGAUGCUGAGAGACAAAAAGUCAGAAAAGCUGUUGUGAGAGAGUGUUUAAAAAUCAAGCGGAAGUGGCUUAAUUCCAAUCGCUCAUACAAAACAUUUCUUGUGAAGAAUAAGCACUGACUUAUGUCUGAACUACAAUUUGGAAAAUUGCAGACAGCACGAGAUACAGCAGGAGGACGACCGGCUACUGACUUUCUGAAUAGUAGUAUUCAGUCGAAGCGAAAGAAGCUUUAUGUACAUAGUCCAGAAGAGCUACCAUAUCUCCUAAUGCCCGAAUUCAAGCUUCACAAAUCAGGAGCACACAUGCACUACUCGCUAAAUAUAAUAGAAGUCUUCAACUAUCCUGAUAUAAAAGAAGAAUCGAUAGAGAAGAGAGAAUGUCAAUAUCCUUAUGAAAACAUCACACAGGAGCUACCAUAUAGCUUUACAAACUGUUUUCUUUACCAUAGAGUACGGAUGGAACUGGAAGUUUGUAAUUGCACUAUACCAACAUCACCGAAGGAAUUACCGUGUAAUUAAUCGACGCUGUCUGCCGAUUCUUAGCUGAAUCGCCAAUUAUGGACCCUCAAGAACACGUCAAAAUUCUCAAUUGAUCUACUUCGGCAAGAGUUGAACUUCCCAAACAAUGCCGAGGAUGGUAUUGUGAAAACUGCAGAAAAUAAGUUGAUAACAGCUUGAUGCGGCAUCUGUUGCUCCAAAUGUAUAUAACCCAAGACAAACUUGAGUAUGCCAGCCCCCUGUCAAGGACAACGUCUCUGUACAGCCAGCAUCAUUGCCAUCAAAAUCAAAACAUUAAUUUUGAAUUGAAUGAUUAAAAGCUGUAAUUAGUUACUCGCACAGAGUGAAGAAAAAUCUACCUAUCGAACAGUCAGAUGGCUACCUAUCGUGCAAAGUAAACAAACAUUCUUCUUUCGGAGAACAUGCAAGAAAAGUAUUGGUGUUGAGAAAAAUAGUAUUAUGGCGAAAUAUUUCAAUCGCCAAAACAAGACGCUGUAUUCAGUAAAUUUUACUUUUUUGUAACAAUGUAAAAUAAAUUAAAUGGAAUAGUAUUAUGAAUAAAGUUCUGUAAGCCACGAAACAGUAGGUUUGCAAUUCACUCCACUGUGUAACUCGUUUGAAGUCACUCAAAGUUACAGCAAAAACUGUGGGUGCCAGGAACAAAGAAGAGGGCAUCAUUUUAGGCAGUGUUGCGCAUUACUCUGUACGGGACUCUAU